AUGUAUCAGAAAGAAAGACUUCCACUAGUGAAAGCUGCAUAUGAAAAGUAUCGAGAAAGUGUUAAAAGGAAGAAACAAACAGACAUUGAAGAGGAAGCAAACGAAGAAGAAGAUGAUGAGGAAGAACAGUUGAUUCGUAAGAAGAAAGGAAAGAGACAUGCGGAAGAGGGGGGGUCGUCAAAGAAAAAGAAAGACACCCCGAACCCAGAACAUUUAAUGGGGAAUAUUAUUCGUGCAGGAAGCACAAGAGAACACCGAGAGCACAUUGAGAACUUACGUGCCAUACUUGAAGCCGAAGAAAGGGAAAAGAGAGAAUUGGAUGAGUUUGUUGAUCAACUGAUUGUAGAUCCAGAAGCUCCAAGCAAGUCACCUCCCCAGAAAAGAAAGAAAACAGGGGAAGGUUCCUCUAGAAGUGUACCAGCGAAAUCAAGACCUCAGCAAGCUCCACGCAGACCUCAUCCAUUCCAAGAACUUUACGAUAAAUUGUCAAAAGAUAUUGGAAUAGGUACCACACAAGAAAUAUUCUUACUAAAGCAUCAAGUGAGCGACACGAAUGUGAUACGUGAAAAGUUGAGAGAACAGAGAAAAAGAAACAGGGAGCUUCAUGCUUAUGUGUCUGAACAAACAAGCUUUGUAAGAUUCCAACAAGAUGGUAUGGAGAAAAUGUAUAGAAUGAUCAGAGAGCUUUGCGCUAAGGUGGAAGUACAACCAAUGUUCUCAGUCUCAGACAUCUUCGAUUAUGAGAAGUUUAAAGUAGAAGAAGACAAACGUAAAGCAGAAGAAGCUGAGAAAAAAGAAGAAAUGAUUAGAAUCGGUUGUAAAUGGAGGAAGAAGUUCUAUAUGAAACUGAAGACGGUGAUGAAGUGA